AUGGCGGCGCCUGCGCCCAGGGGCCCCGGAGCCGCCGCCUCGGCCGCCCUGGACGAGCUGUCCCGGAACCUCACGUACGGGGCGCUGGGCGCCGGCAAUGGCUCCCUGUCGGGCGCUUGGUACCGCCGGAACCAGAUUCACCUUUUUGGAGUUUUGCUGGCCAUUUUAGGAAACUUGGUAAUCAGCAUUUCCCUAAAUAUUCAGAAAUAUUCGCAUCUUCAGUUGGCGCACCAAGAACACCCACGGCCGUACUUCAAGGGCAUGCUGUGGUGGGGCGGCGUCAUACUGAUGGCUGUGGGAGAGACAGGAAACUUUGCAGCCUAUGGAUUUGCCCCCAUUACUCUCAUUGCUCCAUUAGGCUGUAUGUCUGUUACAGGUAGUGCCAUUAUUUCUGUUAUGUUUCUGAAAGAAAAUUUGAGAGCCUCAGAUUUACUAGGUAUGACACUGGCAUUUGCAGGAACAUAUUUAUUGGUGAACUUUGCUCCAAAUAUAACUCAGGAUAUCUCUGCAAGAACAGUACAGUAUUACUUUGUUGGCUGGCAGUUCAUGACCUAUGGGAUUUUAGAAAUACUAAUUUUCUGCAUUCUCCUAUAUUUCCAUAAAAGAAAAGGAAUGAAACACAUUGUGAUUCUGCUAACCCUGGUGGCACUUCUAGCCUCAUUGACUGUUAUUUCAGUAAAAGCCGUCUCAGGCAUGAUCGCUUUUUCUGUGAUGGAUAAAAUGCAACUAACUUAUCCCAUCUUCUAUAUCAUGUUUGUCAUCAUGAUAGCAUCUUGUGUUUUCCAAGUCAAGCUCCUGAAUCAAGCCACAAAACUCUACAAUACAGCGACGGUGGUGCCCAUGAACCAUACUUUCUUUACAAUCAGCGCCAUUAUUGCAGGUAUCAUAUUUUAUAAGGAAUUCCUUGGUGCAGCUUUUCUCACUAUAUUUAUAUAUCUUUUUGGGUGUGUUCUGUCAUUCCUUGGUGUGGUUUUGGUCACAAGAAAUCGAGGAAAGGAACAUCUGCCACAGUCUUACGUUGAUAUUGGACACGUCCCUGGGAAACAAACAUUGGACAAAAUACAACCAGAUUCAAACGGCUUAUCCUAUGGAACUUUGCCUGAUGGAAGUGACUCCACAAAGAGCCCAAGUGGAGAGAAGAAAGAGGUCUGA